AUGUCUCGAGUAGGUUAUGCUCUUGAGCCCAAGAAAGUCGAUACCUUCAUUCAACCCUCAUUCCUCCAUUACGCCAAACAACACUCCAUCGAUCUCGUACAAAUCGACCUCACCAUACCCUUAUCCCAACAAGGUCCAUUUCACUGCAUCAUCCACAAACUCCACACCCAAAACUGGAAGAAACAGUUACACGAAUUCUCAACCAAAAACCCUAACACAGUCAUCAUCGACCCUCCCGAGUUGAUAGACCGUAUUCACAAUCGCAUUACCAUGCUCGAAUCAGUGAAACAGUUAGAACUUUCUAUCGAAAAUGGAAACGCGACUGUUGAAAUUCCCGACCAAGUUGUCGUCAAGGAACCGAAAUUAUUCGAUUUCGGUUCGAUUGAGGAGCAGGGUUUGAGGUUUCCUUUUAUAGCGAAACCGUUGGAGGCUAACGGGACUGUUGAUUCUCAUAAUCUGUUUCUGGUUUUCGACCGUGACGGUGUUAAUUCCUUGGAUAAUAAUCCUAUGGUGCUGCAGGAGUUUGUGAACCACGGUGGGGUCAUUUUCAAGAUUUACGUUGCCGGGAAGCAUUUUAAUUGCGUAAAGCGUAAAUCUUUGAAUGAUAUUUCAGAAGAGAAGCUCAAAACGAUUAAAGGGUCGGUGCCGUUUUCGCAAAUAUCCAACUUGGGCGAGGGGGAGGGUGGUGGUAGCAGUGUUGUUGAUAAGGCUGAAAUGCCUCCUCAGAGUCUGGUUGCUGAGUUGGCAAGAGUGUUGAGGGAAAGAUUAGGACUUAAUCUUUUCAAUGUGGAUGUGAUUAGAGAUGGUAAAAAUCCAGGAAGGUACCUUGUGAUUGAUAUCAAUUACUUUCCUGGGUAUGCAAAAUUACCAUCUUAUGAAGAGUUUUUCACCAAUUUUUUGAUGGAUGUUGUGCAACAAAGUGAGUCUGUUUGA